ACGUGCGAACGUAAUGCUGGAAAUGGCAAUGAAAGAACACGCAUCAGUGGAUGUCAUACAGAAUGCAAUGGGUGCUAUGGGUCCAUGGCACAUUGUGAUAGCUGUGGCUCUGUCUCUUGUAAAGUUUCCAGUUGCCUGGCAUCAACUAUCAAUUGUAUUUCUUGCACCUCCAACUAAUUUUUCAUGCGCAGCGCCAAUAUCAGCAACUAAUGAGUCUACAAUAAUGAAGUGCUAUGUAGAUGUAGGAAACGGUACUAUGGAAAAGUGCACAAGCUUUAAGUAUGACAAGCGCACAUUCAAAGAGAGCAUUAUAACUCAAUGGGACUUGGUCUGUGAUAGAGAGCAAUUAGCAAAUUUUGUACAGUCUUGUACAAUGUUUGGAGUGCUCAUUGGUAAUUUAGUGUUCAGUAUAAUGGCUGAUCGAAUUGGCAGAAGAAAACCAUUGAUGAUUGCAAUAGGAUUGCAAUCAUUGACUGGAUUUAUCAGUGCAUUUGUUCCUUGGUAUGGACUAUUUGUACUAUUUAAAUUUAUUUCUGCUGUCGCUACAGGUGGUACAAUGCUAGUUAGCUUUGUAUUGCUCAUGGAGAUUGUAGGAGUUGAAUGGCGCUCAAUUAUGUCGGUGCUCUUUCAUAUACCAUUCUUGUUAGGUCACUUAAUGAACCCUUUGAUCUCAUAUUUAACACGGACAUGGGAUGGGUUUCAAAUGGCAGUCUCCAUACCUUCAAUUUUUUUGUUGUCAUAUUACUGGAUUAUACCUGAAUCGCCAAGGUGGUUACUUGCUACUGGCAAACUAUCAAGAGCAGAAAAAAUUUUAAUUAAAGCAGCUGACAGAAAUAAAAUACCUAUAGAAAACGUUAAAAAAGCAAUUGAAACAUACGAAUGCAGUGCAAGAAUUAGGCAGAAACAAAAUGAAGAGAAAUACAAUAUUACACAUCUGUUUAGAACUCCAAAUCUAAGGUUCAAAACCAUUUGUAUAUGUAUUAAUUGGUUUGUUUGUGGUAGUUGUUUCUUUGGAUUGGCACAGUACAUGGGUUACAUCGAAGGUAACAGUUUUGUAAAUGUUGCUAUAUCCGCUGCCGUUGAAUUACCUGGAACUGUAAUAGUUCUUUUCUUGAUAUCGCGUGUUUCACGUUUGAGGAUCUUAAUCAGUGGCAAUAUUUUAUCAGGCUUAAGCUUGCUCUUAUUAACUGUAAUAUCCGAUUCAACUUUCACGGUAUGCUUAGCUACUUUGGGUCUCGCGGGAAUGGCUAUUAGCUUUCCAACUGUAUACCUAUACAGUAGCGAAGCAUUUCCAACUGUAAUUAGAAAUGUGGGUAUCGGACUGGGAAGUGUUUGUGCAAGAACUGGAAGCAUAAUUGCACCUUAUAUUGCAACCAUGGGAAAAAUUAAACCUUGGUUACCACCAGUGGUAUUUGGUAUUGGACCAUUACUUGGUGCCUUAUUAUGCUUAUUGUUACCAGAAACAAUGAACUGCAAGUUACCUGAAACUAUUGAAGAUGGUGAAAAUUAUGGGAAAAAAAAAAGUACACAAAGUACAGCAAAGUAA